CAAGUGGUAUGCUUGGUGGCAAGAGGCGUGAAGUGUGCUUGACGAGGCUUUGACAGACCCACGACAGUCGGUAGUUUAUAGAUUUACCCACACCUUUUCUGUAAAAACAAAGAUUUAAUUCUUUGGUGUUACGCUUACCGAAUCAAAAUUGUUCCCGAUAUAAUUUAGUUCUAAUCUGAGAACUUACUGACAGCUGAAUUACGUGUAGAAAUCAUGGUUUCCGAGCCGCUGUUGUUCGCGUUUGCUCUAUUCGACACCGGCGCUGUGCUUUUUCUGCUUGUGUAUUUUGUGAUUACGCUUUCGGACCUUGAAUGCGAUUACCUGAACGCCCAGCAGUGCUGCUCGAAAUUGAACACGUGGGUUCUACCGAAAAUCGUCGGGCACGUCUUCCUCGUCGUCCUGCUACUCUUCCACGGUCAAUGGAUCCUCAUGGUCGUCAAUUUACCGAUGGCUCUUUGGCUCGUGUACGAAUUUCUGACAGUACCCACGGGCAACAUGGGGAUCUACGACCCAACCGAGAUCCACAACCAUGGCCAGCUGAAGAAACACCUCAGGGACUGCAUGGUCUAUCUCGGAUAUUAUCUCGUCUUCUUCUUCAUAUAUCUGUACUGCAUGAUUAUUGCGCUACUGAAGGGGGAUCCGAUCAGAAGAGACGAAGACGACAUGGUUGAGUUUUAGUCUAAUCACAUAACAGCUUCGAUCCAUUGUGAUAAUUUUUCUUUCCCAUGCAUGUAUACAUCAAAAGUUUGACCAUGUAUGUUCAUUUUUUUUUUUUUUUUUUUUUCUUAGACCAUUAGUGUACAGUAAUAACCACUCUAAUUUAUUUAUAAUUUAUAAGGUAUCAUUUCAAUCGCGGUUCUAAUCAAGAGACUGAAAAUUUCCACGAUCAUUAUAUAAUAUAUGAUCUUGUAUAAGUACGUUACCGCAAUGCCGUAAUAAUCGGAAAAAUAGCUAAUUAAAAAAGUUACCUUCUCCUUAACUAAUGAAAAAAACAAAAAUGGUAGUACUGAAUUCAGUUAUUUUUUUCCCCUGGAAUGCGCGCAGUAAAUAUUUCUUCCUUACCACUUACAAUCAGUGUUAAUUGCAUAUUUUCACUGUUUGUGAAGAAUCGUUGCACAACUUUCGAUUUCGAAACCGAAAUAUGUCGACACCAUGUAAUCUUCAAAGUUUAUAUUACGUAAACGUUUACAACGAAACGUUUAUACACCUUUAUUCUGAUUACAUUGUCCGCAAUGUAAUGAAGAUCUAACAUUGUGUAUAUAUAUUUUUUUUUACUUAAUCCGAUUUCUCGAAUUUCGGUGAUUAAAGCACUCCCCCAGACGAAAUUUGAAACCUAAAAUAUAAACGAAGAUCAAAAUAUUAUACGAUCAAACAUUAUAACAAUGGAGAAAGUUUCGCCGUCGGCUGAAAAAAAAAUGAAACAAACAUCAACCGAUCAUUUCGUUUUUCGAACAUACCCAUGUCCAGUCAUACGUAUAAUAUAUUAUUAUUAUUAUUUCUAUUAUUAUUAUCGGCCAGCCUUCAAUCGUGUAAUACAAAUGUGGUAUGCGCAAUGUACAUCGUCGUGUAUAUUUUUUUGUACUAUCGCGAUAUCGGUGUAGUACAAUACACUUCAUUGUUUUCAUUCCCGCUUGCCUACAACAAUCAUCGUAUACAUACCUACGUACGUGGUAAAUACGCGUAGAGCCCUUUGUUCAAACAUGUUUUUCGCCCCUGUCGGCCUGUGAAUUGCCCUCGGAAUUGCCUGUGUUAGCCGCCGUGACCGGGUAACAGUUUUAUCUCAAACAUAUAUACGACGACCCUCCUCCUCCCCCCCCCCCCGCCCUCUCUCUGCAACACGAGGCAGACGGUGGAUGAUUUAAACUUCGCGUGUUGCUUUUUCUUUUUACGUUGUUUAUUACUUUUAAAAAAUUUUUUUUACCCCUUUUUAUAAUAUGAACGAAAAUUUCUCUCACUUCUUUUACCCAAUUUUUUUUUUUUUACGUUGUCGGCGCAAUAUGUGUACAUGUGUACUGUAAAUAGAUUUAAAUUGUCUUGCUACGGUGCGAUACAACGCCGAAAUUAUAUGUAUAAUAAUAAUAAUAAUAAUAAUAAUAAUAAUAAUAAACUUCAGUUACGCGGAUACUUUAAAUUAUUAUACGUACCGUAAUGCAUAUGUAAUUAAGCCAAGUUUCAAGCCAGUGCGUACAAGUAUAAUAAAUUAACGGUAUAAGCCUGUAUUAUAGUUAUAUACCUAUGCAUAUAAUGUAGAGCUAGUCAUGUGGUCUGGAUAUAUUGAAUAUACAGGUAUAUAUAUAUAACAGUUGUACCUAAUAUGUAUUAUAAAAGUCGAUCCGAAGUUCAAUUGAAACGGUUGCUAUUAUCGUAUGUAUACUGAAAUUAUGUAUAUUUUAAUAUGUAUAGAAUUCAUCACUGCGGAGCUCCAACUGUUCAAUACAUAUAAUUAUACAAACACUAUUGUACAUACGUUAUACAUGGAUUGCACAUACUUGCAUGAAUACAUGUUAUUGCUCGAUUCUUCGACCCCUGCAGCCACUCCCUGUCCGCUUUCGCCUCUGCUCGUACUUUGGUCGGGGUAUGUAUACAUACACAUAUACAUAUAAUAAAGUUGCUAUAUUCACGUAUCAACGU